CAGGCUCUGCACUGUCAGCACAGAGCCAGACGCGGGGCUCGAUCCUGUGAACCGUGAGAUCGUGACCUGAGCCGAAAUCAAGUGUCCGAUGCUUAGCCGACUGAGCCCCCUCAGGCACCCCUCUGUGGUGUACCUUAAAGGACAGUGUUUUUUCUCGGAUUUCUGAGCCCUGGCAGCCAGUUUCCCACCACCCACGUGAAGAGCUGGCCCGCCCCCGGCCACCUUACUUGGGCCUCCUCAGGAGCCCUGUGCCUCCGUCCUUGCCUCACGUGGUCUUACUGUCAGCGACUCAAGCAUGUGGUUCUGAAACAUGUGGACCCAGGAACGGGCCUGUGUUCUAGCAUCCUCCAGAGGACUGUGAGUUUGGUGAGCGGAUCCCUGUCUCAGAACCUCCGCUUUUCCGUUCCCUUUAUCCGGGACCGUGCACGUCUCCACCCUGGAGGCACACCGAGGCCGUCCCCUCCCAGGCCCUCAGGACCCCCUGGUCCCUAUGCUGCUUGGUGGGGGGCAGGAGCGUCAAGGGAGGGGCAGUAGAAAAGAGAGACUCACAGUGGCUUGCUUUGAGCGUUUCUUUCCAGCAGGAUAAUCAGCUUUUCUUUGAUUGUGUGUGGCUCACAUUUAAAGCCACUGCCGCUGUGUGCUGCCUUUGAGUUCCGCUGACCUUGUUUGGAAGAAGGAAGAGACUGGGCCACCCCACCUGAGAUUUCCUGGGUUUUCACAACCAGAUGGGGAGCGGAGGUCAUGCCAGUUCAGUGGCUCCGCACCUGCCUCGGGGCACCCGCGUGCUUAGGAAAUGCCCAAGCGUGGCCGUCCCUCCGGGGCCGUAAAGGCAGAAUCUGGAGGUGGGCCCAGACACAGGCAUCUUCCACGCGCGUGGAAGAGACACCGCAGGCGAUCGAUUGUGCACCACGGGCCGGGGCUCUGAGGGCCGUCUGGUCACAUGCCAGUGCAGUCUGAAUCGGUGACCACGCCUGGGCUCUCCUGCAGACGGCCUAGUCGAACAUGCCUGGCACGUGGUAGGUGCCUCCUGUUAGUACCCAAUGCCCACUCUCCCGCAUUUAUGUAGAUUUUUUAUUCUCACAGUCAGAAACGGGCCCAGCAUGGCCCUAAAUAGUGGAACCACGGUCGGAUUCCACCGUUCUCAUUCCUUUGGCCGUGGCACCCUGGGGUCCCUCCAUCCUGAGCCCAAACUUCCUGAUACAACACCUGUCCUGGCUCACCAGUGGGGCGAGCCUGAGGCUUAGAGGCCCGGGCAGAGGAGCCACAGAAGCUGGGAGCCUUGGCUAAGAGCAUAUUCACGCAAUCGUGGCAAAAUGGGAACUGUCACCCGGACCUCGUGACUGGCUCGUGGAAGAGUACAAGAAAUCUUUGGGGGAGUCCAUAGUUUAGCAGAGUUUACAGUUUUGUGCAGGGUGACUCUUGUCAUGGUUACCAUCACAUGCUUGGAGGUGAGGCUUCCUUUCUACCCAACCCCGGAAAUCUCUGCAGGAAGUUGACCUGCACCUGUAAGCUUCAGCCUCCCCCACCCUUGUGGGGUCAGGAGGUGACUCUCCAGAACCAGAUUGUUCUGUGUGCUUUUAUGAGACAGGUGUGGGCACCAGCGGACACAGAGCAGAGGCUCAGGAGAACCAGGGUUAUCACACUCGUGGGCCCUGGAGACGGGCCCUGCCUGCCCCAUGCUGGGCCCCAUGGGGAAGUACCGGUCGGGAGACAGAACAAGGUUUAGGCUGCAGCCUUUGUUGGGGUUUCCAUGGGAAAGGCAAGCAGGUCAGCGUGAACACGAGGACUGGCUCGCUUGAACGAUUUCGGUGGGCUUUGGUGGACCCUGGGACGGUCAAGGCAGAGCAGUAGCGCUUCCAGGUGCAGGGGCUGGAUGGGGAGGCAGGGCUCUGAUGGGUUAGGUCCCUGCUUUGCUCUCUCAAGAAUGGGCUGGCCUGGGAGGGGUGGGCUGCCCAGCCAGGAAGGUUUUUACGAUGUCGGAGUGUGCAGGGGAACAAACGCAACACACCAGCGCACAGACGCCCAGGCGCUCUCGCCAGCCUGUCAUCUAUUAGACUGACCUGUGUGCACGUGCACUUGUACGUGUGUUUGGGGGCGUGUGAAUCACAGGAGCAGAGAACAAGUCUGUGAAGCGGCCAGCGCAGCCCCCUCAGCGCCUUCAGUCCUGUCCGAUACAGAGCACUCCUGGGCACGGGCACGGGCGAUGGCACAGACUCGGGACCCCCCGGGGGAACGUGUGUGUACGUGUGUGCUUUUGUCUUUCCUCCCUGAAUCGAUUCAUACCCACAAAGAGCCAGCCUGCCACAGAGCUUGGUUCACUCAGAAGUAGGAAGACAAAUGCUUCUAUGAUCUUUGCCUUUGAUUACAGGACCAUUAUCAAAUCCACGGGUUCAGUAGUUAGAAAAGGUGCCUCUGUGGUUUGGGUUAAAGGAGCUAGUACUUCCUACGUCCCGACAGUGGUCACCGUGACUGUUUGGGCAGAGUAGCUCUUUUCGCCGAAUAGUCGCAAAUGGACAGCCGUGGCUCUGGGCUCACAGCCCGCAGUUCAGCUAGACGUGGUGACCUCCGCAAGGAUGGACAGCUGGAACGCACCGUGGCCCCGGCCCAGCCCUGCUCCUUGCUGCCCAGAUGUGGGUGGGAGAGCCCUCCGCUCCUGAGGAGGUGCCCUGUCUGGUGAGCCCCCUGCAGGGCUGUGGGAUGUGGAAGGUGUGGGCAGGAGGGGACCCAGGGGGGACUCUGGCCGCUUUGCUAGCACCUGAUCCUGGGGUUCCCUCCUGCACAUUGGGGUCCCGCGCUGCGAGGCUGACACAGAACGCUUCAGAGGGCCCUUCCUCCUGUUCUGAGGACUCGCGAAUCUGGCCUUGGCAGCUUCACAGACAACGCGUCCAAACUUACGUAAAUGUGACCAUGGGAACGUAUAUUCAACAAGUGUUUCCUGGGCACGUCCUCUGUGCCAGGCGCCGUAUCAGGCCGUGGGGGCACAGCGGUGGGCAGGUGGCCCGGCCCCGCCCACAGAGAGCUGCUUGUCUCGUGGAGGCCGGGCUUCCAGAGGGGGCUUCUGGAGGAAAAGGCAUUGAUGCCGAGAUCGGAAGGAUAAGGGCUGACAGGUGGGGCCGGGUGGGGAAAGGACUCUUAGAGGACCCAGCGCCAGCAGGAGCCCAGAGGUGAGGGACACGGGCUGGGCUUUCAAACAACUGCCUGUGCAGGAGGGCUGUCGGGUGGGGCAGGGGCAGGUCAAGAGCCACCACCCGACCCCGUCCUGGGAGCACGGUGCUCAGACUCUGCAGGGACGCGUGUGAAGGGCAGGAGCACAGGUUUUGGUGACCUUCCUCUAGCAGUCACCACAGUGCAGUCUGUCGCGCUAACUAGUAUAAAACGUACAACAGCCGUCUUCUAACGUGGAGGCGGAAGGUCCUUAAGUGUAUUUUGGAAAUCCAGCCAGAAGUUCCUCUUAGUCUCCAAACUCUGCCGGACUUGAGGUCAGCAACAGCAAGUGGGCCGGUUGUGAAAAGAAGAAAUAUUUUUUUGUUUCUUAUUUCUGGGCAAAGAAUGAAGUUUUGUUUUUACAUUGUUACAGAGAAAUCAUUGGGUUAUGUCAAUUGCACUUACUGUUUGAGUGGGUAAGUAUGUUCGUAAUAUCUUGUCUGCGUGUGGCAGCCGCUGGUGUAGGAGAAAAGGAUUUGGAAACGGGGCAGCGGUAAGCGACACCCACACCCUCCUUUGUGUCUACGUACUGAGCGUAGGGGAUGUUUUCCACGGUUGGAAUCAGAAUUCCCACCUUGCGUUUGAGAGCUGAUGUGGUCCAGGGUGAGAGGUGGGUUUCCUCCGGCAAGGACUCGGCAUAGCCCCCUGCCUGGGCGGGACACGCUGUCCUUCCCAGUGUCCAGGGCGGGGAUAGGCACACACGGGUGGCCUCGUCCCUUUCCCAUCCAGGCCUUGCGCUGGCUUCAGAUGGGAGUGUGGACGGGCUCCACGCUGUAGGCAGGUUAACAGACUAGAACUGGGGACUUGGGUUUCCCUCCGGUUUGUAAGGACCCUGACGUGACGGGUGAUGACAAUCCUUGUGCUGAGUCCUGCAAACACCAUCUGUGUGCCAGACAUUACUGCAGCCCGUCUACACAGCCGCCCCUGCUCCUGUGCUCCCGACAGUGAUUUCUGCGUGUGGAGAGCGAGCGCAGACAGUGUGAGGUCGGAGACGAAUACAUGACGAGCCCAGACGCACCUGCACGGACGGUGCCUCGUGGGACGAGACGCAGCGUGGGCGCCCGAGCCCUGCAUUGGUCCUGGGACGCCUUUAAUCCUCCGCACCUAGGACGAUGACUCAUGUGAGCGAUGGCGGCACAGCAGGGAGCAUUUUCGACCUGGACUACACGUCCUGGAAGAUCCGCUCGACGCUCGUGGUCGCUGGCUUUGUCUUCUACAUGGGUGUCUUCGUCGUCUGCCACCAGCUGUCAUCCUCCCUAAAUGCCACCUACCGCUCCCUGGUGGCCAGAGAGAAGGUCUUCUGGAACCUGGCGGCCACCCGCGCGGUCUUUGGCGUUCAGAGCACGGCCGCGGGCCUGUGGGCCUUGCUGGCGGACCCCGUGCUCCAGGCCGAUAAGGCGCGCGGCCAGCAGAACUGGUGCUGGUUUCACGUGGCGACGGCAACGGGAUUCUUUCUCUUUGAAAACGUCGCGGUUCACGUGUCCAACGUGCUCUUCCGGACGUUUGACUGGUUUCUGGUCAUCCACCACCUCUUUGCCUUCCUGGGCUUUCUCGGCUCGGUGGUCAACCUCAGAGCCGGCCACUACCUGGCCAUGAUCACGCUGCUCCUGGAGGUCAGCACCCCCUUCACCUGCGUUUCCUGGAUGCUCCUGAAGAACUUUAUAAAGACACAGCGAUCAGUUGACUGGAAAGGAACCGUGCAUGGUUUGCAAAGCGGUCCACCUCACUAUGUGUCUUUGACUCUGUCCUCAGGGAUCGGGAUGUGCUUCACCAGGAGUGGCUGCCCCAAGUUCAUCUACAGCCCCUUCUUAUCAGCCCGGUGCAUCCUCUGGUGGCCCACAUGGGCCGGACUGUCCCCCAGUGGGUCCUGCGUACCCAUCGCGUGCCAGGCAUGGCUAGCAAGGGUCGGAGUGCAUGUGGGGGACUGGGCACAAACACAGUGGGGAGCAGUGUCCCUGGGACACACAGCUUGGGAGGGGCCGGCCUGGGAGGAGGGGUGGCUGGAGGGGAUGGAAGGAGGUGGGGCUGUGGACAGAACGUGAGACACAUAGGGUAUCGGUAUACUGUCACACGCACGCUGACUGAACAAGUGGCGUCUGUCUGGCCCUGUGUUUGGUGUCGGGAGGCCCAGAAGAAGCGGGAGCACCCCCGUGGCUCAGAGCCUGCAGGGGAAGAAGCAGACACACAGGAGCACUGGUGGCCCAAGACUUCAGUUAGCUGAGCACAGCCCGGGCGCCGGAGGGAGCUGUCCUUAAACCAGCAGCAGUGUGUCCUCUGCAUCUGUUCCACAUCAGACCCUGGCGUUGCCCUAGCAAGCUCCCUGCAGCGACGUCGGCCACCCCCAGGCUUCUCCCGGUCCUUGCCGGUGGCACCGGCUCUGAUCCCCCUGGUUGACUACUCUCCCAUCACACCACGUUGUCCCCUGACCACUGACAUAACCGUUAGCAAACACUAGAACUCCUAGCUCGGGGCAGUGUGGGCAGGUCUGUGCCCACGGCCACAGUUAAUCUUCACUCCCAAGGGCCUCCCACGCUGGGGACCGAGAGUAAGCCUGCGUACACGGAGAACACUGAGGCUUAGUGAAGUCCAGAACAUGUUAAGGUCACCCAGCUGGGAGGUAGCAGAGAUUGAGCCUGGGCGGUCUGGUUCCAAAGCCUGCUCUGUCCUCCCGCCCAGAGCAGUGGCCGCCAACUUGAGUUGAGGAACAUGCCCAGGAACCCCGUCCAUAGGCAGGGGCAGGGACAGGCACUAGGGGACACAUGAAGAGACUGGCUAUAGGCACUUGGCUGGUGGGGUGUCAGGAUGGCCGGGAGUCAGCAGUCCCGAGGGCAGGCUGUGAGGCCGCUGUCGGGGCCCCCUGGCCUGAGGAUAGCCUCUGACUCUGCAGAUGUGUCUCCCGUCUAUUCUGUCCCUGGAGAACUCGGCAGACACGAUUGUCCCCACUGCUCACUGUCCUCACUGACACUUGCUAUGGUCAGUCUGAUUUUCGCUGUCUUUGCAUGGGUGUGAUGGUAUCUCAUUGUGAUUUUAAUUUGGAUUUUCCUGAAAGUUACACUGUUGAGCAUCCUUUGUGGUUCUUCUUGGCCAUCAGUAAAUCUUCUGUGAAAUAUUCAUUUUUGAAUAGACUGUCUUUUUAUUGCUGAUGUGUAGAAAUUCAGUAUGUAUAUUGCACAUCUUAACUUCCAGGCUGUGGCUUUCCAUUUUCUUUUUUAUUAAAAUUGAUCCUAAUA